AUGCUCGUGUCAACAUUCUGGGUUGCGUUCUUUGCGAGCUUGACGUCUGCCCAAAGGACCAACUGCACAGGAGUCAACGCCAUCAGCCCCAACUGCCACACAGCUGAAGUACCUUACACUCGCGACUUCUUCUAUGUCGGAGGCAGACCUCUUGAAUCUGCCACGGGAGAGCUCACUGCCGAUAAGCUCUACGUCGAGAAAAUCAACCCGGUGUCAGGAGCACGGAAGUCAAAGCCGUUGGUCUUUUUCCAUGGAGGAGGAUGCACUGCCACAUCAUGGCUCAACACGCCGGACAACAGAAAAGGGUUCGCUUCUUACUUUAUUGAGAAAGGCUACGUUGUCUACUUGGUAGACUCAGCCUCGGUUGGCCGAAGCACGUCGGCUGACUUUGCAACCUUUCCUAUGACUGCUGGGUCUUCAUCCUUGAUGAUUGAACAAGGUUUCACCGGAGUCAAACAUGCGAAUUCAUACCCACAGUCUCAACUCCAUACGCAAUGGCCAGGCACAGGCCGUGCCGGCGAUCCAAUUUUUGAGAAUUUCAAGAAGGCUAUGGUACCAUAUACCUCGAACAAUACUGCUUUUGAAAAUGCUCUGCGCAAUUCUGGAUGCCAGCUACUCAAGUUGAUUGGACCUUCGUAUCUAAUUGCCCACUCAGCUGGUGGUGCCACAAACAUUUUACUGUCCAACGACUGCCCCCAGUAUGUUGCCGCGAGCAUCAAUCUCGAGGCGAGCACGACUCCGUUCACCUGGUACACUGUUGGCACUGGCAGCAUACCCUAUAACCCCUACGGCCUAUCAGCAACGCCGUUGGACUACGAGCCGCCCAUCUCCAGCCCUUCCGAGCUUAUCACAGAAACAGUCGGCAAUGCAACAACCGCGCUUCGUCAGUGCGUUCAGCAAGUCGAGCCCGCGCGCAAGCUACCGAACAUUGCUUCUGUACCAUAUCUGAUGAUUACCGGAGAGGCUAGCGUGCACAUCACGUACGAUCACUGUAUUGUCAACUAUCUGAAGCAGGUCGGUGCUGAUCCUGAGUGGAUCAAGCUAAGUGAGAUUGGCAUCAAGGGGAACGCUCAUUUUAUGCAUCUGGAGAAGAACAAUGGACAGAUAGCUGAUGUGGUAUUGAAAUGGAUUGCGAAGAGAGAAUGA